GCAGAUUUUAAUUUUAGUCAAAGGUAUGAGUUUUGGCUCCAACAUUAACUGUCGGUAUGAUUUUGGAUUAGUCAUCCUUAUAGGAUGGUUUUGUCAAUUAAAUGAAAUAGUAAAGGUAAAAAGUUUAGUCGCAUGAGCUUUGCUAAACCAAUCAGUCACUAGGAACAUUAUGAUUGGCUUUUACACCAAUCAGAACACUAGAGAUUGAGUCAAACUAUUGAAGCACAAGCCCAAGAAGGAAAGGACACAAACAGGUUCUUUUAUGGAGGAGAAAUGGAGUUGAUGGUGUAGAUCAUGUUAAUCAGGAAGCCAACCAAGUUUUCAACAGAGCUCUAGAGCUGUCUUUGUGUCAGUUUCCAGUUUUUGUCAUUAGCAAAAGAAACUAUAUCAGACCUAGACGUAAGUACAUUAUUGAAUCAGAAUUGGAGUAAAAGUUUGCUUAGUCUUUUGUCUCUCUGGGGCAAAUGACAAACUCUCCUGAUUUUCUUCCCUCAGGAAAAUGGACUCCAACAUCUCCCAAGCCUUGCGAAAGGAACUCACCUGCUGCAUCUGCUUGAACUACCUUACAGACCCUGUCACCAUAGGCUGUGGGCACAGCUUCUGUAGGCCCUGUCUAUACAUUUCCUGGGAAGAAGCCAAAACUACCCGUUGUCCUCUAUGUGGGGAAACAUCAAAGAAGACAGACAUCAAAUCCAAUAUUCUUGUGAAGAAUCUGGUGUCCCUUGCUAGACAAGCCAGUCUCUGCCAGUUCCUGAGCUCUGAGGAUCAGAUGUGUGGGACACACAAGGAGACAAAGAAGAUGUUCUGUGAAGAGAGCAAGAACCUACUCUGUUUGCUCUGUUCUUCCUCUCAGGAGCACGAGGCUCACAGACACUGUUCUAUUGAAUACGCUGUUGAGAAGUACCGGGAGAAGCUCUUAAAACAAAUGAGGUCUUUAUGGGAAAAGAUCCAUGAAAAUCAGAGAAAUCUAAACGAGGAGUGCAGAAUAAUCAACCUGUGGAUGGAAUUUCAGGAACUUAAGAGGAAAUCCAUGUCCCUGCAGGAUUAUAUAUGCCUACGGAGAGACAUGAUCAGAGAUCACUAUCGGAAGUUGCAUCCAGUUCUCCACAGGGAAGAAAAACAACAUUUAGAGGGACUGAAAAGUGAACGGAAAAGGAUUUUACAGCAACUCAAGAAAAGUCAAACCACAAUGGUUCAAAAACAAAACCACCUAAGAGAAAUGUUUGAGGAGCUGCUGAAUUUGUGCCAUAAACCAGACGUGGAGCUGCUCCAGGUAAGAAAUGAGGAUAUUAGUUCAAGUUCAAAUUUGGAAGACACAUUGACAAGGAGUGAGUCCGUGCAACUGCACAUGCCCCAGCCUGUGAACCCAGCGCUCAGUGCAAGGCCCAUCACUGGACUGAUAGACAGGUUCAACCAAUUCCAAGUGAACAUUUCCUUGAAUUAUGAAACAAGCAGUCACGAUAUCAUGCUGUCUGAUGACGUGAGAAGUUUGAUAUUUAGGCAUGACCUUCAAGAGGUGCCUUUUCCAUCUGGAAGAUCCAACUACUUUGCUACAUGGGGAGCCCAGGCCUUCAGCUCUGGAAAACACUACUGGGAGAUGCAUGUGGACAGCUCUUGGGACUGGGCUAUAGGGGUCUGUAAGGAUACUUGGCUAAGGAAGAACUGCUCAGUGAUUGAAUCUGGGGACACAUUUCUUCUUUUAUGUGUGAAGGGGGAUAAUGGUUACCAUCUUUUCACCACCUCCCCAGUGCUUUCUCAGUACAUAGAGAAACCUCUGGGGAAGGUUGGUGUGUUUGUUGAUUUUAACAGUGGAAGUGUGAGUUUUGUUCAUGUUGCCAAAAAUUCCCUCAUAUGGGAAUACCCCGCUUACUCCUUCAGUUACUCGCUCCGGCCUUUUUUUUGUACUGGCCACACAUGAUCAUGGAGAAGUGAUGAACUUGGGAACUCCAUAUCUGAAGGAGCCCACACAUGAUCAUGGAGAAGUGAGGAACUUGGGAACUCCAUAUCUGAAGGAGCCCGUCUCAGUUGAAGCUGAUCAAUCAUACUUUACUCUCCCUUAGGUUGUUCCAUUUUAAUGUAACUUUGUUUUAUCAUUGGUAAAUAUAAAGCUGGUGUGGCAAUGCAAAAUUUGUUGGCUUAAUUGUCUUUCAAUUAAAAUCAAGUCCUGUGGUCCUUUUCCUGAAAGACAUACUGUUUUUAUUCACCUACUUUGUGAGUUGGCUAGAGUUACAAGAGUAUAUGACUGGGAUUCUAUCUUAACAGUUUAAUGCAGGAACACAGAGUGUUUGCAUCAUAAGGAAACUUGGUUAUCCACAGUGCAAAUGUCAGUCUGAAAUAUUCUACUCCCUCAUCAUGAUCUAGUAAAAUCAUACUCAACAAUUCACCCUUGUUGGUGUUAGGUGCCAGGAAGUCGACUCUGACUCAUAGCAACCCUGUGUACAACAGAAGGAAGCACUGCCCAGUCAUGUGCCACUUCACAGUCUUUGCUGUGCUUGAGCCCAUUGUUGCGGCCACAGUGUCAAUCCAUCUCCUUGAGGGUCAUACUUUUUUUCAUUGACCUUUCACUUUACCAAGCACGAUGUCCCUCUCUAGAGGCUGAUCCCUCCUGAUAACUUCUCCAAACUGCUUGAGACAAAGCCUCACCAUCCUUGCUUCUAGGAAGCAUUCUUG